AUGAACGAGAAUAUCCACACUGUCAAUCAAAUACAAAAUUUGCCUUAUUGUAUUGAAUGUCUCAUGGAAUUGUUAUUUCGUAUAAAUCCAGCUUUACCUCAAAAACAUUCAUCUUCAGAAGAGAUUGGUUCCCAUCUGCGUAUGCUGAUAGACGGAAAGCAAAAUGAAAUGAGCGGACAAAGCGAAUUGACUACUCAUGCUGACCUGUUUUUAAGUUUAAUUUCGGAUAUGCAUUUCACUUCACAAGCUAUGUUCGAAUCACUAGGUAAAGUUAAUGUAUCACAUGACGAAAAAUUCAUCACUGAGACCGGUACCGUCUCUGCAUUACUAGCAUCUGCCAUGCUUGAGGGUUUAGAUGAUUUAAUUUGGCCUCAGGAUGUUAAUCAAGCGUGUAAUUUAUUUGAAGCGUUAUUCAAGAGGCUUACGUGUCUACUGCAACAUACUGAAAGUCGUGAGUAUGUGGAAUUUUUACAUCAAAUGUUGAAUCAACUGUUAGGCAUCUUAGCUUUUUAUGCGAAUAAACUCGGACCUACUAUAAAUGAUCAAAAAACAAAUGCUCGUGACGAAUUCGGUCGUUUAUUGCCUUUGUUAAACCAGCUGGAGGUUGUGAUUAACCCCAUGUCUCACAUUAUGGGCGACUCAACUUUAAAUCUGUUGCGGGUUAUUAAAGUUACCUUAGCUACACGUGGAGUUGUUCCGUGUAAAACCACCUCAUGUUCAUCAGCAUCCGUGAAUAACUCUUGUCUUUCUGACGAAAUAAAAUUUGACACCAAGCAAUCAGACUAUCCCCGUAAACUCAUCGAAGAAGUUACUGUUUCAAGUACUCAGGAUAUUCAACAACCUACAUGUAAUCAACUAACGGAUCCGAAUCUAAAAAAGAUUUUUGAAGAACUGAACGAUCCUUUAAUUCCUGUUCAAGGUCAUGCUUUAAUUAUGCUCAGCCGUUUAUUGGAAUCCAACGAUUCAUGUAUUUCAGGCCACGAACAACCUAUAUUUGAAGUUUUAUCAAAUUAUUUAUCUCACACUGAUAGUUAUAUUUACCUGAAUACAAUUCGAUGUUUAUCAGCUAUGGGGUGUAUGCUGACGGAUAAAGUAUUGAAUUUACUAUUAAAUCAAUUCUCCGAGAGUAGUAUACCCUGUUCACAUAUGAAUCCUACACAAAUCACUCUUACCAGUUGUGAUGUUGAAUAUAAGCUGAAAUUAGCUGAGUCCAUCAUGCGUGUCCUAUCGAAUUUAGGUGAUAUGGCACCGAACACUGAGGAGUUGGUACGAGCAGCUAGUCUUUCAAAUAUCGCUGAACUUGUUCGUUUAUUGAAGUAUGCUGUUCAGCCAAUUAUAUAUGAGAUCUUUUCAUUAAUUGAAUUUCAUCUGUCUGAAGAUCUGUCAAAUGUAGUUCGAAAGUCGGCAGCGUAUUUAGCUCGUUCCAUAUUUCUCUCAGAUGUUGGAUCUGAUAGCUUACCAUCUUGGAUUCCACCAGAUGUGAUUCGUGAUCUCAACCGGUUUCUUUCAACUCGUAGGAUCAUUGAGAAAGAUGUUUCUGUCAAAGAACAAAUUGAAGCAGCCCUUGCCCAAUUAGAUCUAUGCACACGAAAUUCUGUAUUCCUAAAACCUGAUAGUCCUUCUUCUAUUGUCAAACAAAUACGUAUUUUAAAUCCAUAA